UUCUGUAGACGAGAGCCAGGCGCUUGUGUGUGUUACAAACCGUUGAUUCGCGAGUAUAUGGCAAAAACGGCCGCUUAUCUUUCUUCCCCUUGUGUCCCCACUACUCUUUAAAAAUUCCGCCGAAAAAGAGGAGACGAUCUUCCAAAACCUUCAAGCCGUUAUCUCACGGCUCCCCUCUUUCUGUACAAGUGUAUAAGCGCUACCCAGAAGGCCUAGGGAAGGCACUCUACCGCGAGCAAUUCGACUUCAACGCGGAGCCGCCUUGGGAUCCUAGCUGAUAGCGGGAGAAAUCCAUCUCCCAGCUAGUCCAUUUUGUUGCAUAUUAACAGGACCCAAAGGCUCAGUACACUCUCUAUGAUUGUCGGAUCUGCGGACUACGGUUGAGAUGAAAGGAUUUACUGAUGAACUGAACUACACUGUUGACCUGCUUGAGGGCGGGACAACCCUCGAAGAUGUCAUUGACAGCCGCAUUUAUGAACAAGCUUUGGCGGAAAAAAAUGCAUUUGUUGUGGCUGACCUCGGCGCGUUACUGCAGCAGCAUGUUCUGUGGCAGGGCACCCUACCCCAUGUUCGGCCGUUCUACCCUGUCAAAUGUAACAGCAGCCCUGCAGUCAUUGAGAUACUGGCUGCUCUAGGAGUCGGUUUUGUGUGUGCAAAUAAGGCCGAAGUUUCAAUGGUACUCAAUCAUGACGUCUCUCCUACAAACAUCAUCCUGUCUGGUGUCUGCAAACAGCAGUCCCACAUCAAACACGCUGCCAAGAACGGCGUCGACUACCUGGUGUGCGAUAACGAGGCUGAGCUUGGAAAAAUCGCCCGUGCUCACCCAAACGCCAAGCUGCUCUUGCAGUUGUGCACCGAGGCUCAAACAGAGGAGGCAAGCAUGGUGUUUGGCUGCUCGCUGAAAAGUUGCAGGCAUCUUUUAGAAGCUGCCAAGGAGCUGGGAAUGGAUGUGGUUGGUGUAGUAUUCCAGGUACCAGCGUCAUGCAAAGACUCUCAAGUGUAUGCCCAUGCCCUGUCUGAUGCCCGGUGUGUUUUUGAUAUGGGGGAGGAGCUUGGGUUUAAUAUGGAGAUUUUGGAUAUUGGGAGUGGAUUCAGUGGUUCUGAGUAUCAGUUAAAACAGACCCAUGCUGCUAUUAGACCGUUGUUGGAGGCCUAUUUUCCUGUUAUGUCUGGAGUGCAAGUGAUUGCUGAGCCGGGAACCUUUUACGUGUCUUCCUCUUUUACCCUGGUUGUAAAUGUCAUUGGCAAGAAAUUGGUAGCCGGAGAUCUCCAUGGUGAGUCUAAAGAGCUGACUCCAAGCGAUGACCCUGAAUUUUUGUACUAUUUGAGCGAUGGUGUAUUCGGAUCAUUUGUUGGCAAGCUGUUGGGAAACAUCAUUCCAUGUCCCACAGUGCACAAGAUGUCACUCUCGGCAGAUGAGCUGGUGUUCUCCAGUAGCCUGUGGGGUCCAUCCUGUGACGCUUUGGACCAGGUGGUAGAGCACUGCUUCCUUCCUGAGCUCUCGGUUGGAGACUGGCUCAUCUUUAAAAACAUGGGGGCCAGUGGCCAUGAGGAGACAGCGGUCAUCAGUGACUCUGAAAAACCACCUGUGUAUUACACCAUUUCUGAAAGCUCCUGGUUUGAGAUACAGGAGGCGGGAAUCUUGCUUGACAACACCAUGAAGAACUUUUCAUUAGUCCCAUAUGGCUUGUAGUUAAAAACACUGUCUCUGCUCUCCGACUCGGGUGAUUAAAUGACCUCUACAGUGAAUAAACCAACAGCCAUAAGCAGAACGGUUAAUGCUUAGCUACUAAGAAAACAUGAUGACCAGUGGCAUUUGGGAUCACAAAAUAAUUGUUCUUGUCUUAGUUUCUCACAUUUUAUUGGUUGAAAUGCCUUUUUUUUUGGGUCAGCCAAAUGGAAGAGUCAAAAAGCCUCAUAUAUUUAGUAAUAACAUAUGCAACAAAAUGGAUGGCUGUGGAGAUGGAAUCCUAUUUGGGUUUCUUUAUCAAAAAUCGUUUACAUAAUUGUUUAAUUAAUUUAAUUAUUUACUGAUUACCUGCUGAUGGUCUUGUAAAUGAGUUGUCUGUUGCACCAUUAUGCACUUGUGUAUAUUAAAAUCAAAUGUGAUUUUAAUGAGUUAUUUUAGAUAAUAGAGUUAAGUGUAUUACAGCCCUGUGUGUAGUUUGACACAGUGAAAUUUCGAUAUUUGUGCUUACCCCUUAUUCUUGACCAUGGGUUUCUAGAACUGUGGAGUGCAACUAAACUCACUGCUAUGUUUCCAUUGCAACACUUGUGGCACUAUUUCCCAGUAUUGGUCUGUAUUUCAAGUUGCAUCUUGGUUGUGUGCCAUGAUCAAAUUUGUGACCUCAAAAGACUCGUCGUAAGAACGUUAGGCACCUGCACUCUUUCCUUACAUAAUUAUGACAGAUGUAUGUUCGACAUUAAAGGAACCUCUGAGAUAAGGGAUGGUGAUCCCAAGCAAGAUUACUCAAACCUAUUCUGAGUACCAGUCAAACUUUCGAUACAUACUCUAACAUUCAUACAUUUUAUUAUGAAUAUCCAAGAUUUGGUCAUGUAUUUUAAUUAAAAAAUACAUCAUUCUUUUAUGAAUGGUGUAAAAGUACCCCUAAUGUGUUUUAUUUAGGAUUUUGUAAAAGCAGAAUCAGGUUAAUUUUGAAAUUUAUCACAGUAAAACUUAAUCAUAUCUUAAAAAUGCUACUCUUGUUCCCAAAUCUAUUGCUAAAAUGCCUGUAUUUCCACAGUGGCAAAUGAAAUCAUCUUGUUAGAAAUGUAAAUUAUUUUUGUCUAAAGAAAUAAUUAUGGACCAUGGCCUGUUUUUUGACUAUAAUAUUGUGUUAAAGUAAUGAAACUACUAACCGUAAAAUAAUACAUUUUCUUGUCUGAAA